GCCAGUGGGCUCGCUGCCAUCGACUAACCCUACCCUACCGCCGUCACCACGCCGCCCGAGUACCGGCGAUCCCCAAGCCGCCGCGCCGCAUCCCCCGCGCAGGCAAGGCGCCCUCGCUGCGGCCCUCGCCGGUACUAGCUCGGAUGUCGGACGUCAAAGCGAUGCGCGGCGGAGAGGAGCUGCGUCGCUUGUCCUCGCCGGACUCCAAGGCGACGAGCUGCGGAGUGGGGUUGCCUCGCCCAUGGUCGCCGGACGUGCUCAUGGCUGCGGGCGGCGGACCAUGCGGCAGAGGAGAUGCGCCGUCCUCUCCCAACCUCAAGGCUGCGGGCAGCGACAUAGCUCCAUCCUCGCCGGCCUUCUUGGCCACGCGCGAGCUCAUUACUGCGGAUAGCGACGCUUGGAAGGAGUUUUUCUCAAGCCUAGCGCUCUCCUCUCCUCACCGCAUGGCUGCGGGCAGCCACCCAUAUGGUGCAGAGGCAUCGUCCACGAAGCCACUGCUGUUGGAACGACUGAGGCGUCAAGAAUCUGAUGAAGAAAUAGAAGAUGAAGAAGACCCAUACUUCGAUGUCCUUGUGGAUAAAUUCAUCCUGGCUGCCUACCCUCAAGGGAUGAAUGUGGUAGUGGCAACUAGGCCUGGGCAGCAGGAGGCUGCAACGACUCCCGGUGCAUCUGCCCACGGCAUGGAAGCUCGGCAUGCACGGCAGGUGGCAGAGUCAGAGGGCGAUGAGGCAGUUGUGAGCACUAGAAGUGGAGAGGGAUCUUUAGUUGCCAAAAUAGUCAGAACUAGAAUGGUAGCUCGCGAAAGAUUCACAUGGAAGUAUCAGACCACAGAGGAUGGUCCUAAUGGUCUGAUAGUGUUGUCCCAUGUCAAACGACAACCGCUUAAAGAUUCAUGUACGCCAACCUCAACGGCAUCUGUGAUGGAAUCAAACCUAAGGGUUCAGCUCAACAAGGAUGUUCUUUUAUCAAUGGACCAUAUGAUACAUCUUUUUAUGGCUGGCCACGCAAAAUUUCCCAAUGAGAAGGGAGUGAAGCGUUUGUUCUUAAUGUUACAAGAUGAAGGUGUAAUGAGUGAGGAAGAUUAUAGAAAUCAAGAGACUGCAACUUCUAGAGAUGUUGUUCGCUACCGCAUCAUAAAAGACUGCAAUUACCUACUUGAUAAUCCUGACCACAUGAAGCAUGCGCUCCACAAAUUGCGCAAUGGAGGCCCACUGCUGGGUGUUAUCAGAAUUAGUAAGAACUACGACAAUUGCUACAAGCUCGGGCAUGUCUACAAAUACGAUCCGGACCUUGUAGACAGAGAUGAAAAAGACAAUCCAAUUUCAGUAACCCAUGCAGUUUGCGUCAUAUCCUUCGCGAUUGAGGACAAUGUGCCUUUUCUGGAGUGCCAGGAUUCACACGGUGAUACAAGCAGGAACAAAGGUUUUCUAAAGAUCGAUGUUACGUCUCUAUCCCAACUUUGGAGCAUCAUAGUGGCGUGAACUGCUUCUGUCUGGUCAUAUGUAGUUUGAUAACUUAUUGUUUGUGGUCAUAUGCAGUUAGAUAACUGCUCGUGUGUCUGUGGUUAUAUGUAGUUUGAUAACUUAUUGUUGUGGUCACUUUGUACUCAUACCUUGAUUGAUAAACAUAUUUAUUAUUGUUA